GGUUCUCCCAACUAACAUAGUAGUCUGAUUCACAAUCGGCGACAAGGUGCGAAAAAACCGAAGAGACACGUGAGAAAGAAAGCGCUAGAAGGGUUCUCCCAACUAACAUAGUAGUCUGAUUCACACGUGAGAAAGAAAGCGCUAGAAAGAUGGCGAGUGGACACACAACAGCUGCGUCCGUCCGUGGGCCCCGCUUCGCCGGCGCCGGCCGCCGCGGCGCCCUCCUCCUCGCGCUGCUCCUCGCCGCCGCGGCCGCCUUACUCCCAGUAGCCGAGCCUUCCUGCCCCCGAGACAAUUCAGUCGUGAAAGAUAUAAACAAAAUGCACCAGAGCAACUAUGGAAUUGGAGGAUUCUCGCAUAUAACCGUUGCCGGUGCGCUAGCUCACGGCAUGAAGGAGGUGGAGGUGUGGCUCCAAACAAUUAGUGCCGGCCAGAGGACACCUAUCCACAGACACUCGUGUGAGGAGGUCUUUGUUGUCCUCAAAGGGAGAGGCACUCUCUUGCUGGGGUCGACCUCACUGCCGUACCCGGGAACGCCUCAGGAGAUUCCUGUCUUUCAGAAUAGCACAUUCACAGUUCCUAUAAAUUAUCCACACCAGGUUUGGAAUUCUGAUGAACAUGAAGAUUUACAGGUGCUUGUGAUCAUAUCGCGCCCACCUGUGAAGAUAUUUUUGUAUGAAGAUUGGAGUAUGCCUCACACAGCGGCGAAGUUGAAGUUCCCCUUCGUCUGGGAUGAGGACUGCUUAGACGCACCUAAAGAUGAACUGUAGGUUGGAAAGUGCUCACAUGGCAGCGCAUCGGCCUCAGUCAGCGUACUGAUGAAGUGCGGUGUACAGCUUGCCUGCCUCCUAAUAAUGCGCAUGUCUGUGACAUCCUUUCUCUUGGAACAAUAUUUUCAUCACGGAUUAUGUACUUGAGAGCAUGAAGCAGCCUUCUGCAGCAAGAACUAUUUCCAAAUUUUGAAUUACCACUGU